UUGGAAAUCGAAAGGCCAUUUGUACUGUCAUCUUCUUUACAACCGGCGCGUUUAAAUGGUGAUUUAAUUGAGACUGGAUUAGGGAUAGCUUCAGGAUUUGGAAGAACCCAUGAAGGACCAACAAGUUUUGUUCUGCAAUCUGUAUCAUUGCCCUACGUUCCUCUUAAUCAAUGCAAAUCUUAUAAAAAUUUUGUAGAAUCUGAAAAUCUCAUAACGAUGGAUAARUUUUGUGCUGGUUAUACAAAUGGAACAGCUGUCUGCGAUGGUGACAGCGGAGGUGGAUUGGUGUUUAGAACUGGAAAUCUAUGGUUUUUAAGAGGUAUUACUAGUCUCUCUCUUGGUAAAAUAUUAACGGGCGGUACAACGAUUUGUGAUAGUAAUUCGUAUUCUCUUUACACGCGUAUAUCCACUCAUAUAAACUGGAUCGAAGAUAUUAUUUCUCGAUUAGAAACAUCUCAACCGCUUCCCACAUGUCAUGAUUCAGCUAUGACAAGUACGACUUCUACUAGUCCUGCUCAGUUUCUUYCAACCUAAAUAACCACUAUCAUAUUUUCCUCAUCUAAUGAAAAUCCUACUUUUUGUACGGCCCAUCUCAAUCCUGAAAAUUGUUAUCGUCUAUUGCACAUACUCAGACGCAUGUUAUUACUGAAAAUAACUUUUGCUGUACAAAAUGUAGGCUUCUUAAUACUUAAUAAUAAAUAACAUAUUAAAAUGUCAGAUUUGUUAAAAUACGUUAGAAAUUUGAUUUUAUUUYAAAAGUGUCUGCCAUAACUUUAGAAUCGUCAUA